CCCUGAAAACAGUGGUUCAAGUGAUCGACACCAUCGUCUCGUCCAGAUUCCGUUGGAGCUUUGGGAACACAUUUCGCCAAUACAACCAUGACUUCUACCAUAGGUGUGUCGUCCAUUUACCAGACGCUGUCAUUUGAACUUUGCAGAAAAAAAUCAUCUGUUCUUUCUCUACCUGUGUCUGAGAAGCUUCACUGUUUUGGAGGCUUAAAGUCCUCCAACAAGAGCUUCGAAGCUGCUGCUUCUUGUUCUCUGAGAAGCCUAAGGGAUUCAAGGCCUGUUCCUCAGUUCAUUCCUUAUGCAAUUGCCACCCCGAACUCGGUCUCGAGUGGACAUGCUUUUAAAAGUUUUGGCGGAUUCUCUCAAUCCCAGAAGACUCUGGAAGUGAAAGAUGAGAACGACGACUACCCACCCGAAACACGUCGGGUUGGGGGCGAGCAAGGAGGAGAAGACGAACUUUCCGUCGCCAAUUUGGGUCUACCAGCGCAGCUGGUCGAGUCCCUUGAGAAACGAGGGAUUACACAUCUCUUUCCCAUCCAACGAGCUGUAUUACUCCCAGCAUUGGAAGGCCGAGAUAUUAUUGCACGUGCAAAGACUGGAACGGGGAAGACACUGGCUUUUGGAAUCCCAAUAAUCAAAUGUCUUACUGUGGAUGGCGAAGGGCUAAGGUUGUCGAGGCGAUUAGGUCGUCUUCCUAGGUUUCUGGUCUUAGCACCAACUAGGGAGUUAGCAAAGCAAGUUGAAAAGGAAAUCAAGGAUUCAGCAACUUACUUGAGCACUGUUUGUGUUUAUGGAGGGGUUUCUUACAGUACCCAGCAAAAUGCACUUUCUCGUGGAGUUGAUGUUGUGGUGGGAACUCCAGGGCGCAUUAUUGAUCUGAUCAAUAAUAACAGUCUUAAGCUUUCUGAAGUUCAAUAUUUGGUCCUUGAUGAAGCCGACCAGAUGCUUGCUGUUGGGUUUGAGGAAGAUGUUGAAGUGAUAUUAGAAAAGCUUCCAUCAGAGAGACAAAGCAUGCUUUUCUCUGCAACAAUGCCUGGUUGGGUAAAGAAAUUGGCAAGGAAAUACUUGGAUAAUCCUUUGACAAUUGAUUUGGUUGGUGAUCAAGAUGAAAAGCUCGCAGAAGGAAUAAAGCUUUACGCCAUUCCAACAACUGCAACUUCAAAACGGACAAUUCUUAGUGACCUGAUUAUGGUAUAUGCGAAGGGUGGCAAGACCAUUGUUUUUACACGGACGAAACGGGAUGCUGAUGAGGUGUCAAUGACCUUAACUAACAAUAUUGUUUCUGAGGCACUGCAUGGUGAUAUAUCUCAGCAUCAGAGAGAGAGAACACUAAAUGGUUUUCGGCAGGGAAAAUUCACUGUCCUCGUUGCCACAGAUGUUGCAGCCCGUGGGCUUGACAUCCCUAAUGUUGAUUUGGUUAUCCACUAUGAGCUUCCCAAUGAUCCAGAAACUUUUGUGCAUCGCUCUGGUCGAACAGGGCGUGCCGGAAAGGAAGGUAAUGUUAUUCUGAUGUUUACUGGUAGCCAGAGGAGAACUGUCAAAUCCCUUGAACGUGAUGUGGGCUGCAGUUUUGAGUUUAUCAGUCCGCCAGCAAUUGAAGAAGUUUUAGAGUCUUCUGCUGAGCAAGUUGUAGCUACUCUCGAUGGGGUUCAUCCAGAAUCUGUAAGGUUCUUCAUCCCAACUGCAGAAAAAUUGAUUGGAGAACGAGGAACAGGUGCUCUUGCAGCAGCACUGGCACACUUGAGUGGUUUUUCCCAACCCCCUUCAUCUAGGUCUCUUAUAAUGCAUGCUUUUGCAGUUGCCUGCGUUGGAAGUUGAUGACAUGCCUAGUGAUAAUUAUGGUAGGUUUUCUAACAGAGGACGUGGUUCACGAGGAGGUUCAAGAGAAAGGGCGGGAUUUAGAGGUUCCCGUGGUUUGGAAGGUGCUUGGGAUUCUGAUGACGAGGAUGUCCUCCGGCGCAAAGGCAGGAACUACAGAACUGACGACAGUUGGUCUCGGAACUC